GUUUCAACGUCCAAAUUGCUGAAGAUGGGCGGUCGAGCGAAGUCGUCCGCUGCCGCAAACAAGUUGAACCGAGGAUUCCAGGCGGCGACGACAGCUGGUGCGUCAUCAAGUGCAUUGGCUGUGCUCGAUGACAUCGAUCGGCUGCUGCGCGUCACGGCGCCGGUCGCGACGUGUCGACGCAAGCACACGCAGCUGGUCGAGAACCAAGCGCCGCCGCACAAAGGCCACGCGUUUGCUCACGCCGCUCGGUCAUGGUCGUCGUCAGCGCCCAAGACGCGGCCGAGUCCAGCGUCGUAUGCGCCAGUGCUCGUGACCAAGCGAGUGCCCGGCCCCACUUGGCGCCCGCCUCCACCGCCUUUGCUCCCAGACCAUCUUCGUCCCACGUUUGUGCCGGCGUGCGAGCAUGACAGCGAUUCGACCGAUUCGAACCCACCGCGUCCACGGGACGCGCCCAAGAGAAGCAAGCCGCGCAAGCCAGUCCAGCGGUCGGUUGGCUAUUACUCGGUGUCAUACGCGCUUGUGGAGCCCCGCGUCCGUUACGCCCCGCUCUUGGAGCAAGCGGCCAAGACACGCGCAGCAGCCUCUCGUCGUCGAGCGUACCAUCGCCUCGUCGUGCAGACAUAUGCAAGUCUUCGUCGCCCAAGCCAUGCACACGAGACGCCAGCCCGAGCGCCGCAGCGACUGCAUGGCCAUGCGACGUUUGCAAAAGCGCGGCAGCGUCCGGCACACGUGCGUCGGUGCGAGUGGGGUCCGUCACAGGUGCACAUGCCGUGGACGACAGAGCGGAAUGGUGUCCUACUCGAUCGCACCACGGGGCGCGACCUUGUGGUUUGCCGGCGCAAGCAUGCGGCGCAGCGGAUUGCGUUUGCUAGCCGCAUGCAGCCCAAGGUCACGCUUGAGCCCGGCACCUACGAAGUCUCUGGCUCAGCGAUCAAAAGCCGGCGCUGCAUGAUCAACUAUGCCAAGGCGAAAGGUCGCAGCGAUACCAAGUUGGAUCCUUUUGGACGCAAGCUGGAUACUGGCGUCUCGGCAAGCGUGGCGGUGGCGGAGAGGCACGCCCGCGUGUCGUCGACCGUCAACAUGGCACGGGCCAGCGGUCGCCAGCCGAUGUCGCUCCAUGAAGCGCCUGUCUUGGCCCUCUCGCCGCAAUACGCCUUUGGAAAGCCGGCGCCUCGUGGUCACGUGUCAUUUGCCAAGCAGCGUCGCGGCAACAACCAGGACGAGCACCAAAGAGAAACCGAGGAGCUUGACCUUGAUGUGCGCUACAACAGUGUCGAGCCGCGCGUCAAGGUGCUCGCGUUUCCACCGGUAGCAACGUCGCCCACCGCUCGCGACGUGCCGACGCUCGAGCUCGCUCCAGCGUACGAUGCCAAGUGGCCCAAGCCAUCGUGCCUCGUCUCAAUGGCAACGGACCGGGCCGAGCGCUGGCCCAAGCCAAUGAAGGAGCGCCCUGAGCAGUGCGACCUCCAGUCGCCCCCAUUGCAUGUGCAGAGCAAGCACAAGAAAGCCGUGUUUGCCGUACAUAUGGACAAGCAGGUUGUGCGGCCAAGCAUCGAGCCUGACGCGCCGCUGAGUUACGAUGACAUUGACCCGACGAAGCUCAGCACACAUGCGCGAACGACGACAGUCGUCGACAUGGCGAAGAAUGUGCGUCCGAGAACCGUGCUUGCACGGGACGACCGACCGCUCGACCUCUCGCCGUGUUCCGCUGUGCACAGUCGCACCAAGCGCGUUCCGACCAUCGUGAGCAUGGCCACGCAAAUGCCCCGUCCGGCAACCAAGACGCUGCAGCAGGCUGAGCUGGCUUCCCCAAGUAUCAAGAACGGAGAACGAAGAAGAGCGCAUAGCGCAGCCAUGGCAAAGCAAAUGGGGCGACGCAGCCGCGGACCCGAGCCGGAGGAGGUGCUGCAGCUGUCACCGCGAACGACGAGCCUCUCGGAGCAUCGGCGCAUCAAGGGCACGCCGGCAAUGCGCAAGCCCACCACGAUGCGAGCAAGAAGUUGAUGCUAUAGUACAAUCGAGUCUACUAACAUAUUUUAGUCGGAAUGUGUGGCAGCUUUAGUCGGAA